AUGAAGAUGAAGCUCCUUGAAGCCAUCACCUACGUGACUGCACUGGCACCCCUCGCCGCUGCAGAUUGGCAAUUCAAGUCGCGAACGGACCUCGCCCCGCCACGUCUGAACAUCACCAUCCCCGCAUCCCACGAUACUGACAAGGGAUACCUCUUCGUCGCCCCGUUCCCGGGUCAGUGGGCCGAGCCCCAGUUCCACGGGCCCCGCCAGGAAGCCCCAUAUAUCUUCCGAGAUGAUGGCGAACUCGUCUGGUCCGGGUAUACCUAUUACUCGAUCUGGGCGACCAAUUUCCAGGCUGCCAGAUGGAAGGGCCAGGAUGUGCUGUUCAGCUUUGAGGGUGACCAUAACCCGGCCUAUGGGCAUGGUCAUGGCCAUGCGACUCUUCUGGAUCAGAACUAUGAGACGAUUCGUGAGUUGCGCGCUGGCAACCAUAAGCUUAUGGAUAAGCAUGAGUUUCAUAUCAUCGAUGAGAAAACGGCUUUGCUUCAGGUUUAUCAGCCUAUCCCCACAGACUUGAGUCGCUGGGGUGGUAGCCCCGAGCAGCAGUGGAUCGUGGAUGCCAUCUUUCAGGAAUUGAAUAUCGAGACGGGUGAGUUGCUCUUCGAGUGGUCCAGCCUCGACCAUGUCACUCCUGAUGAGGCUGUUCUCCCCCUGAACCCUGGCCAAGCCGGUUCUGGCUACAACUCGUCGGAUGCAUGGGAUUACUUCCACAUCAAUUCCGUCGACAAGGACAUCUUUGGCGACUACCUCAUCUCCGCUCGCGACGCCUGCGCUGUACACAAGAUCAACGGAACCACCGGUGAAAUCAUCUGGCGGCUAGGCGGGCUUCGCUCAGACUUCGACCUAGGACCCAACGUCGCAUUCUGCUUCCAGCAUCAUGCCCGAUAUGUCUCCCGAGACGGCGACGAGGAAAUAAUUUCGCUAUUCGAUAACUCCGCCCACGGAACCGAGAAUCACCGCGGCCACGAAGUCCACACGCACCCAUUCUCCCAAGGCAAAAUCAUUUCCGUCAACACGGCCACCUGGACCGCCUCGGUGGUUCAGGCAUUCCAGCCCCCAGACGGUCUUCUGGCCAAAUCCCAAGGAAGCACCCAGCUGCUGUCGAACGGAAACGCACUAGUCAACUGGGGCUCUGAAGGCGCGGUGACUGAAUUCCGAGCAGACGGCACGCCCAUCUUCCACGCAUACAUGGACUCCGGCGCCUUGGGCGAAGGAGUCGAGAAUUACCGCGCAUUCAAGUAUAACUGGACCGGAAUACCGAAUGAAGAGCCCUCCCUCGUCGCCGAGAAGACUCCCUCUGGCACGUCGGUGUAUGUAUCAUGGAACGGUGACACGGAAACUGCUAUCUGGCGCUUCUACGCUGUGACUGAUCGGUUCGGGUCGCGAUCGUUCUUGGGUGAGGUGCCGCGUGAUGGAUUCGAGACUGCGUUCCAUGUGUCGGGUCACUCGUACGGACAGAUUGCUGCCGAGGCCAUAUCUGGUCAAGGUAAGGUUCUCCGCGCCACAGAGACGGUUCGGCUGCGGGAGCAAGUGGUGCCGGGUCAAGGUGUAGGACAAGGACAAGGCCAAGGUCAAGGGGCGGGUGUGGCUGAAGUUCCGGACCGUGCGUCGUGGAGACAGAUCGUCCUGCGGGCCUAA